AUGUCAUUUAAAGAAGCAGAUUUAGAAAGGGCUUCUACAAUCACACCUGUGGAACUCCAAGAUUCAUACUCUGAGAAGGAAGAUCAUGACGAAAAAGAAUAUUACACUGAUAAUGAUUGUAUACAAACCCCAGUAAUAGAAAUUCCAAAAAAGCCUGCCUCAGCAUACAUCUCAGUAUGUAUAAUGUGUGUUAUGGUAGCCUUUGGUGGCUUUAUUUUGGGUUGGGAUACUGGUACCAUUGGUGGUUUUGAAUCUCAUACUGAUUUCUUAAGAAGAUUUGGUUCAACAAAUAAAAAUGGUGAACAUUACUUAUCCAAAGUUAGAACAGGUUUGCUAACUUCCAUGUUCAAUGUCGGUUGUUCUAUCGGGUCCUUCUUUUUGGGUCGUUUAGGUGAUAUGUAUGGUCGUCGUAUCGGUUUAAUCAUUGCUACAACUAUUUUUAUCGUAGGUACUAUUAUCCAAGUGGCUUCAGUCAAAGCUUGGUAUCAAUAUAUGAUCGGUAGAAUUGUUGCUGGUGUAGGUUGUGGUGUUAUUGCCAUGUUAUCACCAAUGUUGAUUUCUGAAGUCUCACCAAAACAUUUAAGAGGUGCUAUGGUGUCUUGUUAUCAAUUAAUGGUCACUAUGGGUAUUUUCUUAGGUUACUGUGCAAACUACGGUACCAAGCGCUACAGUAACUCUGUUCAAUGGAGAGUUCCAGAAGGAUUACAAUUUGCUUGGGCUCUAUUUAUGAUUAGUGCUAUGCUCUUCGUUCCAGAAUCUCCAAGAUAUUUAGUCGAGAAAAACAAGAUCGAAGAAGCUAAACGUUCUAUUGCCAAGUCCAACAAGGUUUCGCCAGAUGAUCCUGCUGUCGUUAGAGAAGUUGAUGAAAUUAAAAUUGCUGUUGACAGGGAAAGAGCUGAAGGUGAAGCUGGGUGGAGUGAAAUGCUGGACACCAAGACUAAAGUUUUCCAAAGAGUAGUUAAUGGUAUCAUGCUAUUAGCUUUACAACAAUUGACUGGGUGUAACUACUUCUUCUUUUACGGUACUUUGAUUUUCAAGGCUGUUGGGCUGGAAGAUGGUUACGAAACUGCUAUUGUUUUCGGUGUUGUUAAUUUCUUCUCAACAUUUAUUGCCUUAUAUGUGGUUGAUAAAUUUGGUAGAAGAGCUUGUUUGCUAUGGGGUGCUGCUGGUAUGACUUGCUGUAUGGUUGUCUUUGCUUCAGUUGGUGUUACUAGAUUAUGGCCAAAAGGUAAGAAUGCCGGUAUUACAUCUCAGGGUGCCGGUAACUGUAUGAUUUGCUUCUCCUGUUUCUUCAUUUUCUGUUUUGCUACAACUUGGGCCCCAGUUCCAUUUGUUAUCAUCUCCGAAUCUUUCCCAUUGAAGGUCAAGGCCAAGGGUAUGGCUUUAGCUACUGUUUCCAACCAAAUGUGGAACUUCUGUAUUGGUUUCUUCACGCCAUUUAUUGCUGGAGCAAUUGAUUUCUACUAUGGUUACGUAUUUAUGGGAUGCUUGGUAUUUUCUUACUUUUAUGUCUUCUUCUUUGUUCCGGAAACAAAAGGUAUGGUUUUGGAAGAUAUUAAUGUUAUGUGGGAAGAAGGUACUUUACCAUGGAAAUCUGCUAAUUGGGUCCCACCAAGCGAAAGAGGUGCAGAUUAUGAUGUUGAUGCUAUGGCAAAUGAUGAUACGCCUGCUUGGAAGAAAUUAAUCGGUAAGUAA